AUAUUUUAGGGAAUGAAAGAGAGAAUGUAUUUUUACCAAGAUCCUUAUAAUUUGGCUGCCUUCACCAGCACUCAUGAUGAACAUGGAGAAAUUCUUUUUGAUGGAACUAUUGGUGAUGAUUUUGUUGUUCGUCCUCUACCAGCAAGGUUACGCAAGGUAUUUUCAAAAGCUAAGCGCAGCAUCCAUGAAGAAGAUUUUCCGCAAUUCAAUCGCACAGUUUAUCAUCCUAAUCUUAAGGAUACGUAUCACCACGUUAUAUACAAGAAAAAGGAAGUAUCGUUUGAUGGAAUACGGGAAAAAAUUGGUUCAUACGUUUUGAAGAAUAAAACCGAAAGUGAAUCAUCUCGAACAAAGCGUUCUACCAAAAAAACCUAUAAUCCAAAAAUAGUUUAUCCACAGAUUUUAGUAAUAGUGGACUAUAAUGAAUACUUAUCUCUCCACAAUUUCGCAGAGGUAAAACGUUACAUUAUUUCAUUCUGGAAUGCAGUUGAUUUAAGAUAUCGUGUAUUUGUUAAUCCCGAAGUGCGAUUAAAUAUUGCUGGAAUAAUUGUAGCGACGGAUCCAGAUGGAACACCAUACACUCAAAAUCAUCGUACUAGGCCUGUCGAUGGUCCUAUUAUAGAUGCCGAUAAAGCUUUAGAUAAUAUGGCUGAGUAUUUCUUUGAAGAGUUAAUGAACAAAGACUUGGACAGAUUUGCUAUUGAUAGAGACUAUGACAUGGUGAUGCUAAUGACUCAAUUAAACUUAUGUAACCUUGAGCCUAACGAUCACGACUUUGAUUGCACAACGUUAGGUUAUGCGGUUCGGGGAGGUGCUUGCACAGUUAAUAUACGAGAAACAAAGAUGGAAGCUGUUGGACUGGUUGAAGAUAAUGGUGGUUACGUAGGAAUAAUUCCUGCUGCUCACGAAGUUGGACAUUUGCUCGGAGCUCCUCACGACGGCCACGAGCAAGAGGACAAAACAACAUGCCCAGCUUAUGGAGGUUACAUUAUGACCGGGAUGUUAAUGCUUACGAAAAAUGUUUUUAUGUGGUCUUCCUGUAGUAUGGAAUAUUUUGAAGAUUUCUUCCAUUCCCAAAGAGCUCAGUGUUUAGUCGAUACUCCUAGGAAAGUAAGAGCAAUGCCCCGACAUUUGCCAGGACAAAUUUUAUCUGUAGAUGAACAAUGCGAUAGGAUAAAAGGGACAUACGCUUGCAACAAGGAUGAAACUGCAUGCGUACACUUGGACUGCUUCAUCCCUGAUUCAGGUGGUCAGUGUCUUCCAGUAGCGCCAGCUGCAGAAGGUUCUUCUUGUGGAAAAGGACGACAUUGCAUUAAUGGACAGUGUGUGAGUAGAAAUACAAGCGAAGUUCUACUACAAUUUGCUCCUCCACCAGAAGAAGAACGACCAUAUAGUAAUAAUAUUGGCGUAGACGUGGGUCUAAAUAUACCUUUCAAUAUUGAAAGAAAUUAGAUCCAACGCAAGUAAAAAAAUUGGAGUAUUCGAAUAUGUGGGAAUUCGAGACACAUACACGUCUAUUGGUUAGUGGUAUUCAAGGCUCUUCCACCAAAAAGUCGAAAAUAUCAAACGUGACAAAAAAUUGUGUCUUGAAGUGAAUGUUAAUAAAACUGAAAGACUUUGCCGCAUUUAAACAGCUGUUAUUAUGGCGCUUAUUUGACAUCUUAUACGACAUCUUAUACACUUUAAACGGCUGUUGUUGACCUAAUGCGUGAUCUUGAAUAAUGCUCUAAACUCAUGCUGGCCAUGAGAUUUUUUUAUCGUAAUUUAUUUAUAUACAUGGACCGUUGGUAGAUUAUUCGUUUCCGACAGAAUCGGAAAAAUUAUGCACCUGUUUUAUAAUUCUUUUUUUAAGAUGAAACGUGUAUGCUAGUCAAUAACAAUAAAGAAAAGCAUA